GCGACCGUCUAAGCGCAGAAAUUCAAAAACGGAAUUAGAGAGUUCCAGUGUGCGUUCGGUCAGAAAGGCCAAAUACGUAUUCAUAAUGCUUAAAAGUCUGAAUGAUAAGUUUUUCUCUCCACUCACUGAGUCAAAUCACGAGAAGUUUUUGGCUCAAUUUUUCACAUGCCCGGAAAAGUGUAAAUCAUGCAGUGCGAGUUGUGUGCUUUCUACUGGUCAUAAGGAAGAUGAUGAGCCUCAUAAAUGCAAUACGCCCUGCAAAUUGCAACACCAAUAUCAAAACUUUGUGUAUUUAUGUAAGAAAUGUGUUAGAAAUGGGGAAAAGUCUACUGUUGAACCUAAAUACACCAAAGAUAAUUCUUGGACAUCAUACCUAAAUUUGAUGUGGUCAGGAUAUGUUAUACAUUGUCCGAAAUGCGGAGUAAUCUACAAAAGCCGAGAGCACUGGUAUGGAAACAAAAAUCCUGAAGACUGUGCUGUGCAGUUGGAAGUCGCCCACAUGUGGCCAGGAAUAAGUUUAGGCUUAUUAGAACACCCGUUCAAAAGAUGUUUACAAAACAAACAACCUAACAUCAGUUUUGCUGUUAGUUUUUUACUAACACUGAAAACUUAUUAGAUUAAAAAUAAAAGU